CUUCACUUCACUCGCUCGCUCGCUCUUCUCUUCUUCUCUUCUCACACCAUCGUUACGAUAUCUUGUUCGGUUCAAACUCUUCUUUCGUUUCUCCUUUACAUCCACCUUAUUUUUUACUGUUUCGGCACGGACAAAGGCCGAUAAGGACGGAGACCAUGUAUAUUCCAUCUUCCCUCCCAACAACCUCCCUCCUAUUCUCCACGUUCUCCACUUCCCCAGCUCCUGCUCCAACAGGCCUCGUCAAUGGUCUUCCAUUGUCUGGGAUCACUAGUGCCGCUGGUGGGAUAGUUCCUGGACUCAAUGGCGGAGGCUCUCCGCUGUCUGGUCUGACUGGCGGUGGCGAUGGCAAAGGUGGACUUCUCCCCGGCUUGACUGGGGGAAGUGGAUCUGGCGCGCCGCUGUCUGGCUUGACUGGCGGCGGGGAUGGUAAGGGCGGUCUUGUCCCCGGUUUGAAUGGAUCCCCGCUGUCUGGUGUGACUGGCGGAGGUGAUGGGAAAGGUGGUCUCGUGCCCGGCCUCCCUUUGCCUGGCGUCGAUGGUAAGAGUGGUUCUCCGUUAUCUGGCCUCACGGGUGACGGGAAAGAUGGACUUGUUGCUGGCCUUCCUCUCCCCGGCGUCAACGGGGGUGAUGGUAAAGGUGGGCUCAUCCCCGGUCUUCCUCUACCUGGAGUCAACGGCAACAGUGGGAGCGGAAGUGGAUCUCCACUUUCUGGGCUCACUGGCGGCGACGGCAAAGGCGGACUCAUUCCUAACCUGAAUGGCGGCAGCGGCAGCGGCUCUGGAUCUCCCCUGUCCGGUCUGACAGUUGGUGGCAACAAAGGGCUCCUACCUGGUAUCAACGGCCUUGUAGGCAGAGGUGUGCCCUCGGCAGCAGCUCCAGCUGGAAGCGCGUGCAACAACAAUGUGAACAAUGCAGCUCAGCAGUUUUUCAAUGUUCUUGCCGGCGAUAAAGACGCGAAGAACUUCUGCGACGGGAAAUACGCGACUACAACUGUAUGGGUUGCACCAACACCCGGGGCUCCGAAUCGCAAUUGGGGAAACAGCGGCAAUGGGAAUGGAAAUCAACCCGCCAACAAUAACUGGGGAAGAGGUUUUCUUCAACCCAGAGAUGGAAACAAGAAACAGGUUCUCUCUUAUCUUAUCCAGGCCGCCCCAACCUAUGCGCAAAGCUUCUGUGCAUGCAACUUCCCUGCCUCGAAAACAACUACAGUUUCUUCUCAAAGCCCUACGGUCUCCGUUCCAGUGCGUGGUGCGUCGAGCACUUGGCUUUCCUCUGUGCUUCCAUCGUCCAUCGUCUCCUCCAUCGGAAGCUGGGGAUCUUCGAGCUCGCCAGCCGUUCCCACUUCGGCUUUUACUUCAAGCUUUCCAAACACGCCCUCUGGAGGACCGUCGACGCUAAGCUCUUCUUUCAUUCCCUCUUCGGUUGCUUCUUCUGUGGGGGGCUCGAGCUCUUUGAGCUCGCCAGUCGUUCCUAGUUCAGCUUUCUCUUCCAGCUUUCCAAAUGUUCCUUCUGGAGGACCGUCGACAUUGAGCUCGUCUGUCAUUCCCUCAUCGGUUGCUUCUUCUGUCGGGGGCUGGGGCUCUUCGAGCUCGCCGGUUGCUCCUAGUUCAGCUUUCACUUCUAGCCUUCCAAACGUGCCUUCGGGGGGACCGUCGACUUCGACUUUACCUGUAAUUCCUUCCUCAAUCGUUUCUGUUUCUUCUGGAGGAGGUUGGGACUCCUCAAGCUUUCCAGUAAUUUCCACUUCAGUCUUCCCCUCAGGUCCCUCCAGUGUACCCUCCGCAGGUCCUUCUACAGGGAUUUCUUCUGCAUUCCCUUCCUCGGUCGGGUCUUCUGCAGGCGGUUGGGAUUCUUCGAGCUUUCCCCCCGUUUCGACUUCAGUGUUUCCCUCGGGUCCUUCCACUGUACCCUCCGCAGGUCCUUCUACAUGGAUCACUUCCGCGAUCCCUUCUUCCGUCUGGUCCUCUGUGGGAAAUUGGGGCUCUUCAUCAGCAGUACCUUCAUCUAUCGUGUCUGAGGCUGGGUGGGGUGAUUCGAGCUCGCUAGGUUUUUCAUCGACCUUUUCUAACGGUCCCUCAACGUGGGCUUCGUCUGCUGGACCUAGCUUACCAGUCACAUCUCCUGGGCAGAGCGGACCAAGCUCGUGGGUGUCUUCUCCCAUCCCCAGCCUACCAUCACUCUCUAUAUGGCAACCCAGUUCGGCAUCUUCAUCCUGGGAGCAAAGUUCCUCGACCUUCUUGGCUUCCACUCCAAGUCCUAGCAUUCCGGUCUCUUCUCCGAGCCCCAGCCUGCCGAUUUCGUCUCCUAGUCUCAGUCUGCCAACUUCAUCCUGGGAAAAAAGCUCGUCGACUGUGUUAUCUUCCUCUGCUACUCCCAGUCUCCCAGUUUCUUCUCCUGGGUCUAGCCUUCCAGUCACUUCGCCAUGGCAGGAAACUACAUCGAGCGUACCAGUUUCUUCGCUUAUACCUAGCCUUCCAGUUACAUCUUCAUUAGAACAAAGCUCUUCUAAUGUGUGGUCAUCAUCUCCAAGCUCUAGCCUGCCUGUCACCACACCAUCGCAAAGCUCUCCGUCUGCAUGGGAAUCUUCCCCUAGCCCAAGUGUUCCAGUAACAUUAUCGUGGGGACAAAGCUCUGCGAGUAUUCCAACACUUCCGGUCACUACACCAGAGCAGCCUAGCUCGUCUGUGUGGGAAUCAUCUACCCUUCCCACACUUCCGGCCACGACACCAGUGCUACCGAGCUCAUCUUCAGUGUGGGAAACUUCUCCAAGUCCAAGUAUCCCAGCCUCUUCAUCAUCUUGGGAACAGAGCUCUUCUACUAUUCCUACGCUUCCGGUCACUACACCAGAACAGCCCAGCUCAUCUGUGUGGGAGUCUUCUACUAUUCCCACAUUGCCAGUGACUACACCAGUCCAACCUAGCUCGUCUGUAUCUGUGUGGGAGUCAUCUACCCUUCCCACACUUCCAGUCACAACACCGGAACAGCCUAGCUCGUCUGCGUGGGAGUCCUCUACCCUUCCCACACUGCCAGUAACUACGCCGGUUCAACCUAGCUCGUCUGUGUGGGAAUCACCGACUCUUCCUACCCUUCCUGUCACGACACCGGUGCUACCGAGUUCGUCUGCGUGGGAAUCAUCUACCCUCCUCACAAUCCCAGUCACAACACCAGUGCUGCCUAGCUCGUCUCCUGUAUGGGAAUCCUCCACCGUCUCCACGCUUCCAAUCACUUCGCAAGUGCAACCAAGCUCAUCUUCGGAGUGGGAAUCUUCUACCAUUCCAACUUUGCCAGUAACUACACCAGUUCAGCCGAGCUCGUCUUCGGUAUGGGAAUCUUCGACUAUUCCCACGCUCCCUGUGACUACAUCUGUACUACCAAGCUCGUCUCUUGUAUGGGAACCUUCUACCGUCCCUACACUUCCGAUCACUACACCUGGUCUACCAAGCUCGUCUUCUGUGUGGGAAUCUUCUUCGAUUCCUACAUUUCCAGUCACUACACCUGAACAACAGAGCUCAUCAUUCGUAUCGGCAUCUUCUUCUAUUCCCAGUCUUCCAGUAACUUCAUCUUGGCAGCAAACUCCUUCCAGUGUGUGGGCUUCAUCUUCUGGUCCAAGUCUUCCUGUUAGCUCACCAUGGCAACCGAGCUCGUCUGUGUGGUUCUCUUCUAGCAUCUCUACGCUUCCUGUCACAUCACCUACACAACAAACUUCGCCCAGUUCAUCCAUUUGGCAGCAGACUUUGCCAACUACAUGGAACUCUUCUCCCCAACCAACCAAGCCCGCUCCAUCACAAUGGCAGCAGAGUUCUUUCACCACGUUUGUCUCUUCAGUCAUUCCUUCUCAUUUGCCAACCAAAACCAAAACCAAAACUAAGGGUCAGGGCUCCACUCCCACAGGAUCUUCCCGAUCUCGAGCUCUUUCUUCGAGAUUCUUUCCCUCCGCCGCUGGGGACCAAUCUCCCCCUUCUUCAGAAUCUUGGGCUGGGAGAUUUCCUUCGGUAAUCUCCUCACUUUUUCCAUCCUCUAUGAGACCAGGAUCUUGGGGUCCAUCCAACUCCCCCUCUGCAUCUUGGGGCUCAUCUAACUUCCCCUCUGCAACUUGGGGUCCAUCGGGCUCCGCAUCAUGGAAUCCCUCAAACUAUCGUUCUUCCUUCCCCCAGUCUAGAUCACGCGGACCAAACGGCUCAAGGACGUGGGCCGCAAACGGUCCAGCAACAUCCACUUUGGCAGCUGUCCCAUCUCCAGAUGCGCCUACCACUCUCCAGACUCGAACCGUUCCCGCCAAGAGCCAGGGGGCAGCUGAGACGCCCGUCACCAGCACAGAGAUCUCUUAUGUCCCGCAAGAGUACCCGACCUCCAUCAUUUCCACCGGUGCCUUAGCACUUCCCACGACCAGUGUAGUUGCUUCCUCGUCAUCGGCAUGGGAUGAUGAUGCCCCAGUACCCACAAACCUAUCGACCAAAUAAGUAAGUUUAUCUCUCUGACGCUCAAAAACUCUUGUCUUCUUGACAGAAAAUGCAUGACUAACAUUCUGGUGAUACAGACUACACACACUUUUCAUGGCAUUUCAACGGCGUCUGCUUCUACUGCAUCCUCUGCCUGGUAGACAUUCUGCAUGCGGCUAUUAGGCCUCAUCUUGCCUUCUUUUUCUCAUCUUCUCAUAUUUCCUGAGAACGGUGUUCCCGGAGCUUCGAAUUCCCUUCCUUACUCACAUUUGGAUGUAACCCACACUCCUUUUUGCUAUACAGCAACGAUUCACUGUUUUUGUAUUGCCUCGUACUCUCACAUUUUCAACUUAUUGCGUUGUCCCAGAUUUGCGAUACGUUCCUUGCUUCUCUAUCAACAAUCUUCUUAUCGCUCAUUACUCCUAUUUACUUAUUACAUUCUAUUCCCUCAUUUACUUCUAUUGACCUUUAUCACGUUCUCCUUCUCAAUUACUACUUAUAUCAACCA